AACCAACGCAAAGCAAAAGGGUAAACAAAACGAGCGACACAAAAACAGCACCAUUUGGUUCUCUGCCUCUCUUUCACGAUCGUCCAUGGCUCACUCAUCUGCCUCUGAUUCCCGCCGCCACCUCACUGUCGACCCUCCCUUUCCAAUCCCCAAAGAUGUUCAAGGAUCUGACAAUACGAUACCACUUUCACCACAAUGGCUUCUUUCAAAGCCAGGGGAGAGUAAGCCUGGAAUAGGAACUAUGGAAAAUCAUCCUGCUCCGUAUACAGCUAACGGAGAUCACUCCGAAGUCGUGAAGCCAUUGGGAAAUGAUGAGGGGAUGCUUGAUACCCCAAAGAAGGAUGGUUUUAGGCCAUCCUUACUUGAUAUGGAAACCGGUCUGCGAGAAUGCUGGCGUGAUGAAGAACGAGACACCCAUUCAUCUGUGCGCAAAGAUCACUGGAGGGAUGGUGAUAAAGAGCUUGGUGACACUCGCAGGAUGGAUCAAUGGGCAGACUUACCUUCGAAACAAUUUGGAGAAGCACGCCGUGCACCCACCAAGCGGUGGACCGAAUCAGGUAACAGGGAUUCGAACUAUGAGCAAAAGCGUGAGAGCAAAUGGAACACACGCUGGGGGCCUGAUGUUAAAAACAAUGAAAGGUCACGAGAGAAGUGGGCUGACUCUGGAAGAGAUGGUGAUAUGUCUCUUGACAAAGGGUUGUCUCAUCUUUCCAGUCAUGGAAAGGAUGUGAGGGAGGGUGACCACUUUCGGCCAUGGAGAUCCACCUCUUUUCAAAGUCGAGGAAGGGGAGAGCCUCCUCAACACCCCACACUAACUCCAAGCAAACAGGCUACCAUGUUUUCUUACGGCCGGGGACGUGGUGAAAGUCACCCUUCAACAUUUUCUGCUGGCCAUGCAAGGGGAAGUUCUGGUGGAAACCAAGGGGCUAGUAUACCUUCUUAUCAUCAAAAUAUGGGAAUUGUAUCUGAAAAGGGUGAUAUUGACUGUGUGGAGCCAUCCCCUUUUAGAUAUAGUAGGAAAAAAUUGCUAGACUUAUAUAUGAGGACUGACAUGAGAGUUUACCAAAAACUCGUUGAAGAGCUUGUAUCGGUGCCUUCACUUACACAGAAUGAACCAUUGGAUCCUCUAGCUCUUUGUGCUCCUAAUCCUGAUGAAAUGCUUGUUCUAAAUGGAAUUGACAAAGGAGACAUAACAAGUAGUGGUGCUCCAUUGAUGCCUAAAGAUGGGCCUGUUGUCCGAAACUCUACCGAGUUUACUCAUUCAAGACGAAACAAUAUUGGAAGUAGAGAAGAUUUACCACCUGCUGUUGAUGAUUCUAAAGAGGAAAGUUCUGACAUUCCAAACAUCAGUUAUUCACAUCUUGAAAAGCUGAAGGGAAACCCAGAUACUAAAUUCAAAUCAGAAGCUGUGGAGAAUAGGGGUCCAUACAGAAGGGAUGAAGAGGUGCCCUUAAGUAGGGAAUCAAGUAUACUAGUCACUAACUCUGUUAAUCCUGGCACUGUGUGGCGUGCCUUUUCAUUGGGAGAACAAUCACCUAUAGUCAAACAGGACUGGAAGGAUAUUCCAAAUGAUGUAAGGUCAAGAAUCCCUGACAUAAGCUGGUCACAACAACGGAAAGAUACGAUUAACCAGAGAGAAAGUAAUGUGAUGAAUUCAUCCUUUUCUAGAGAUGACGCAAAUCGGCAAUCUAGUGUGGAUCCUAUCCUUAAGAGCCAACCAUCCGGUGUUUUGGAGGGGGAACCUGGACCUAGGAAGCUGCCUGCCCCGGAGGACCUCAUCCUUCACUACAAAGAUCCUCAAGGUGAAAUUCAAGGCCCUUUUUCCGGGAUUGAUGUCAUAGGCUGGUUUGAGGCAGGAUAUUUUGGGAUAGAUUUGGAAGUUCGGCUCGCAGGUGCACCGAAGGACUCACCAUUUUCCUUACUUGGUGAUGUAAUGCCCCACUUACGAGCUAAAGCACGGCCGCCACCUGGAUUUGGUGUGCCAAAGCAGGGUGAAUUCUCAGAUUUGUCAAGCAGGCAAAAUUCUAGUAGUCUCGGGAAAGUUCAUGCUGGUGCAAGCGAUAUUGAUAUGAUCAGAAAUGAGCCCAGGACUUCAACAGAAGCUGAAAAUAGGUUUUUGGAGUCACUCAUGUCCGGUAGCAUGAACAAUCCAUCCCAAGAAAAUGGGAGUGAUCUAUAUCUCUUGGGCAAGAAAAUGACUCUGGAACGGCAGAGUUCGAUGCCAAAACCCUACCCUCAUUGGCCUGGGAGAGAUGCUGCAUCUUUGGUUUCAAAACCAGACAUCAUCUCUGAAUCACCUGCAGCACAUGCAAAACUCCUCGCAUCAUUGACUGAUAGCACUCUUCAGCCACCUCAUUCUCAAGCUGCUGAUUUGAUGUCCAUCCUCCAAGGAUUACCAGACAGGUCUGCUCCUGGGGUAAAUAACAGUGUAGGUGGUUGGUUAAAUUUCCCUGCACAGGGUGCAUUGGAUCCUCUUCAAGAAAAGAUUGAGUUGCAUCAUGCUCAAAAUUUUCCUACCCAAGCGCCCUUUGGGAUCCAGCAACAGAGGCUGCAAACACCAACCCAACCUUCCUUGAAUAAUUUACUUCAACCUACGGAUAAUCCGUCUGGCAUCUUAAAACCAGAAAAUUUUAUCUUGUCAACAUUUCCUCAAGACUCCCAACUGUUAAAUAUGUUGCAGCAGCAGUAUUUAUUGCUGCAGCUACAACCCCAGACGCCAGUACAACAAACACAACAGAUGUUACUGCUUGAAAAGAUCAUGUUGCUUAAGCAGCAACAGAGACAGGAGGAACAGCAAAAGUUGCUACGGCAACAACAAUUGCUCUCACUGGUUUUGCAAGGACAUCAAUCCCAGGAGUUUUUUGGUGAACCCUCUUAUGGACACCUACAGACUACAAUACCAACAGGGAAUUCAUCCAUGGAUCCCAUUCGACAUCAGCCAAUGUCACUAGAUAUUCUUCAGACUGGCUCGCAGAUCCCAGGCACCCUAGAUGAACAUGCCUCUAACUUAAUGAAUCUGCCUCCACAAGUCUCCAGAGAUAUGACUUAUGCUGUUAGUUCUGGAUCUCGGCCUGUUCUUCUAUCUCAUGAGAUGCUCAGUAGUACCCAUUGUGAGAACAGUUUGGGGACUAAUGCACCAGAACUGGUUAAUAGCAUCCUGCAGUCUUUACCUGUGACAACAAUCAUUGAAAGCUCACCCUCAUUGGAAGUUAACUUAUCCUCUCAGGAGACUUCCCUUGUGCAAGAGCCACGUGUUGCUUCAAACUGCCAUGCUCUUACCGUGGAGCAACCAUGGGACUUUGCUCAGAAGAUAGAUGAAACUGUACCAGCUGUACCCCUUGCGAAUGAUGCAAGUUGUGGAACCUUGGAACAUGAUGAAACUGCUACUGCUAGAACAUGUAAAACUGACACACCUAAUGAGGAUGUUGAACCUACUGCUGCUAUCAAUGAAAUGCAAGUUCAAAGAGAGAAAAGCAACGAGCAGCCUUCUGUAGUGAGAGAAUCUAAGAACGCUGAAGCUGAUGAAGUAAGAAAAACUUCUGGAAAGAAGUCUAGAAAGCAAAAAGCUGGUAAAUCACAGUCUGAUCUUGCAAAGGGACUUUCCAAGGCUUCCACUUCGAAGCAAAUGAAACCAUCUGAAACUGAAGCGCCAGUUGGUGACACUAACAGUGCUGGACAUAACAUUGAUGUGAUGUCUCCUGGAAUGACAGAAGAGAACAACUCAGGUAUUUCCCCAAUGGAUUCUCACUAUGCUAAAAGCUCUCCAGGUGCUAACAUUGUCGUGGUUGAUGAUGAAACCAAAGAACUAAAGGAUGAGUCCCGACUUUCUGGCUCUUUCCCUGUGCGGAACCCAAUUGUACAGCCGUCUGUACAUGCUUGGAAACCUGCUCCUGGUUUCAAGCCAAAGUCAUUAUUGGAAAUCCAACAGGAAGAACAGAGGAAGGCUCAAACAGUGAUGGCAGUAUUAGAGGUUACUUCUGUGAGCUCUAUCAAUGUGUCAACUCCGUGGGCUGGGGUUGUGUCUAGUUUAGAACCCAAAGUUUCUAGUGACAGUCAAAGAGAUGCAGAUUUAUGGACUUAUAUUUUUUUUGUAAACAGAGGUGAUUUCCCAGUUCUAGCAAAUGUGGGAAGCUGGGGAACAAAAAGCAUACCUACUAAAGGAAAUGCAAGUGGCUCAUUAAGUCGGCAAAAGUCAGUAGGUGGCAGGCCUAUUGAGCGCACUCUGUCAUCCUCUCCUGCCUCUGCUCAGUCCUCCCUUAAGGGGAAAAGAGAUAUGUUGACCAAGCAUUCUGAGGCGAUGGAUUUCAGAGAUUGGUGUGAGAGCGAAUGUGCUAGGCUUAUUGGAACAAAAGAUACAAGUUUCUUGGAAUUUUGUUUGAAGCAAUCUAGAUCCGAGGCUGAGAUACUUCUUGUAGAGAACCUUGGAUCAUUUGAUCCGAAUCACGAGUUCAUUGAAAAAUUCCUCAACUAUAAGGAAUUGCUACCUGCUGAUGUGCUUGAGAUUGCUUUUCAAAGGCGACAUGACGGAAAGUUAACAGAUUUGGGAACCAGAAAUGUGAAUUACGGCAAUACAAGCAUUGCGGGUAUUGACCAAGAUGUCGGAAUCAGCCCAGAUGGGUCUUUGAAGUGGGGAGGGAAGAAGAAAGGGAAGAAAGGAAAGAAGGUGAGUCCGGCUGUUCUGGGAUUCAAUGUGGUCAGCAACCGGAUUAUGAUGGGUGAGAUUCAGACAGUAGAAGAUUGAUAAAUCUAGAGUGUUUUUGAGAUUGUUGGGGUUGGUUGUAGAUACAUUUGGUUUUACUGUUUGUAAAUGUGCACAGCUAGGGUUUCUUUUUUAAUUAACCUUAUAGAUAAGGGGCACUUGAAUUGGCUCAAGCCUUUUUUUUUUU